AAUGUGAAAGUAGCUUCUGCGCAUGUCGGACCGGAAUGGAAAAUAUUACCGUUGACAUUUCCACAGCGCAUGUAAUCUUUUGUGGCGUGCGACAGCUGGCGAGAUAUACGACAUCAGUGUCACACACGACAUGGGUUAGGGUAGACAGGAGUGAACGGGGAUACACAAGGGAUAUAUCUUGAGCUGUUUAUUAAAGCGGAUAGAUCAGAGGACCACCUGUAACCAACAGGUGGCUUACUUCCCAACUAGUCUGUAUACUAACUGCAGAUAGCAUAGUACUGUUGAUAUUGUUAUUUACUCAUUAUCUUCUCCAUAAUGCGGACAAGUAUGGCAGCCUCCACGUUAGUGCUUUUGUUAGGCAUGAUUUACACGUGUGUGGUCGCGAAUCACAACGACAGCAGACCCGCGCACGAGAUCGAGGUGCCAUGUCGACCGGAACAGGUACACAUUGCUUAUGGUGACACAACCUCGGAGGUGGUGGUUAUGUGGGCGACACAAGAAGAGUGCACCACAUCAGUCGGAUACGGUACUGACCCUUGGGGCCUGACCAACACUGUCCCUGGUCAGAUGUCACAUUUUACAGACCUCAAUAAACAGGGGCUACAGUGUCUACACAGGGUCAAACUGCAGGGGUUGACACCAGAAACAAACUACUUCUACCGGCCAAUCAGUGAAGGCAUUAGCAGUGGGCCAUUUUACUUCAAGACUCCCCCUGGUGGCCAGUCCUGGGAGCCGGAGUUCCUUGUGUAUGGAGACCUGGGGGUUGAAUCAGACAGUGUACCCUACCUUAACAAUGAGGUUCUAGGGGGCAACUACACAGCUGUCCUACAUGUGGGCGACUUUGGGUACAACCUGAUGGACCAAGACGGACAGUCGGAGGCUUCCAACCUAACAUGUUUCCCCAAGGUGGGAGAUCAGUUUAUGAGGAUUGUAGAGGACACAGCAGCCAGAAUACCAUAUAUGACUUCACCAGGAAACCAUGAGAUAGAUGGGGACACCUUCAGCCAUUACAGACAUAGAUUUUCUAUGCCUAACACUGACUGGCCUAUCCCCCUGGACAGGAUGUGGUACAGCAUAGACAUAGGACUGGUACACUUUGUCAGCUACUCGUCCGAGGUAUUCUUUACCCAGCAGGGAGUUCAUGUGGACGCCCAGAGGAACUGGCUAAUGGCUGACCUAAAACAGGCCAAUGACAACCGUAACAACUGCCCAUGGGUGAUUGCCUAUGGUCACCGCCCCAUGUACUGUUCCAACACGGACGGAGAUGACUGCACCCUGGGAGCAUCAAAAGUUAGGGAAGGCCUAGAAGACCUUUUCUUCAACUAUGGAGUGGACCUGGUACUCCAAGCCCAUGAACACUCAUACGAACGCCUUUGGCCUCAGUACAAGGGGGUGGUACUGGCUAAGAACUACUCCAAUCCCCAGGCUCCCAUCCAACUCAUCACUGGUGCCGCAGGCUCCAGGCAUGGUGUUGACGAGGAGAACAAGACAUUCUCGGAAUGGUCAGCCUUCAGGAUGGACAUCAAAGCUUUUAACAGUUUCGGCCGCCUGAAGGUGUACAAUGCCACCCACCUUUACUGGGAGCAGGUGUUGGUGAAAGACAGUAAGGUGUUGGACUCAAUCUGGGUCACGCAGGACUUGCAUGGUCCCUUCCACAAGGCCCAGCUGGACACAGAUAAGGCCAAAAAGAUUGAGGACAAAGAGAAGGAUAAUUCUGUUAUAAACACAGAUUCUAAGACUAACACAGCCUCUCAUGAGGAGGCAAACUCGCCACAUAGUGGGCCAGAUGUGAGUUCAGGGGACACAAACUCUCCAGACACCAGCAUAUCAGACCGUGCACGCAGCAUGCUGGAGUCGACCAAUGUGCGUCUGGCCCUCGGGAUUGGAGGAGGUAUUCUUGUGUUGGUCGUUAUUAUCACCAUAGUGAUUCUACAGAAACAGAAGAAAAAGGCCAGGAAGUACAGGCGUUGGGACGAGACUGUGGACUACGGACGAAAGUUUUACUCCUCAGGGUACUCACAUGUCCAGGGUGGGGAGAAGGACACUGACGAGUUUGAAACUGAGGUCAAUGACCCCAGUGCUCCAACAUCCAAACUCCUGACAGAAUGAGAGAUCUAGCUGUCUAAACAAUCUCAUCUCUUCCUAAAUCCAACAUAUGAUCACAUGACAAUCCAGUGAUGGAUUGUUUGUUAGGAUUUUCUUAUCCUUGUUAGAUGUGAUAUGUCCAUGUGGUUUGCUAUGAAAUCCAGUGCAAUAUUAUGUGCCUACAUUCCAUCCAUAGUUGUUCACCAUAUCAUGGACAUGUUUGUGUGGUUACAGUCUCCUUGGUUACAGUCGCCUUGGUUAGUCUCCUUGGUCACAGUCUCCUUGGUUACAACCAUUCCCAUUCCAGAUUGUACAUGCCAGUGAUAUUUGUCAAAGUGCCUUAAAGAGUUUAUGGAAUUUUAUCUAAAAUUUCCCUUUUUGCCAUACAUACAUUUAAUUUGUAUACAGAAAUAUUAUCAUAUUAUGUAACCUUAAGCCACUCUUUUGUGGAUAUGAUAUGUCAGAGACAUGUUAUUUUACAGAGGAUCGUAACUCAUUCCAUGCUUAUAGGCCUAUUACAACUAGAAACGGGAACUGUUUCUAGCUGUGGAGUUGUGGACGGCAUCAGAUGGGUGUGUUAUAAUCAUACAUAUUAAUUAUAAGGUGUGAUGAUACUUGUUGUCAGCGUUACAACAUGUGAAUAAGUCAAUAAGUUAUGUAAAUUAGGGUUAACCUGAUUGUACACCAGACCAGAUUAUAUACUGUAUGAAUUAUGAAUGCCAUAAAUAAAACUGUAUGUUAAUUUAAGAUUGAUGUCAAUACAUCAAAUAACCACUAAAAACACUCAUCAACCCUUUCAUCCCUGUGUAACUUGAGAAGAGUUCUUCCAUGCAUUGAUCCGGAGGAGUCCAUUAUUGUUUACAGCUGUGAAAGGGUUAAUGAGUGAGAACAUGAAAUGUACCAAUUAUUUUACAGAAAUUUAAGUGGGAUUACUAUGGAGAAAAACAUUUUAAUAAAUAUACACCUUAAAAACCAAAUGUACUAGCAUUUCAGUUCAAUAGUGUCAAUUUCAGAGGCUUUUGAACUUUAUCUGGUAAUCUACAUAAAAUUGAUAUAAAGCUUGUUGUUGGUCAACCAUUUCAUGACAGUUUUAUCUGUUAUAAGAAAAUGAAAUAAUAUGUGCACAUGGGAUUAAGGAAUGGUAGUACGUGUUGUAUGGUUGGAGAAUUAUAUGUGAUCAAUGUUAUAAUGUAUAAAUAUAUAUCACAAUGAGUUGAAUAACUGUAGUACCAUAUUUUACCAAUGAUACACCCAGGAUGCAUGUUCAUAAAUAGUGGGGUGUGAUUUUGGAACAGGGUGGUAGUCUGGGUUAUACCAUUUGAUAUGCUCGGUUAUAAUUUGGGAGUCUAGUCCUUGUUGUUAUCAACAUCAUUGACGACAAGGCUGAUGUGACCUAGCCACCACAUCAUGUUAUCCUAGACCAAGGGGACAGCAUGUGACUGUUUUAAACUUCACCAGUGCAUGCUCUACAUGUUUGUCCUAUUAAAUCGGUCGUACAAAUGAGCUCAGUUGAGGUAAAUGUUUCAAAGACGACAAAUGUAGGGAUUUGUGACCCACAGUUACACCAAAUUGUUACAUUAAUCAAGUGUUUAGUUGAAUGUUCCAUCAGUUCAAAGAUCACAUCCUUUCAUCACAACCAAAUUGGCACCGACAAACGUGUAACGAUACUUCAAAGAGAUGGAUUGGGAUAUACCAAGUAAUCAUCAGACAUGGGCUUAUCACCGGUAAAACAAUCUUCGCUAGCCAAGGGUUACGAUCUGGUACGAUCCGGUCUUCCUACUCUUCACAGAGUAGGUAGAUCGUACCGGAUCGUAAAUCCUGGCUAGGGAAGAUGCGGUUAAAUAUGAAAGGAGGAGUAAUGUAAGGUAAUACAUAUAUAUAUAUAUAUAUAUAUAUUGUCAUUUUCUAUGGUGAUCUUACCAUAUGUAACAUUUGAUAUGUUUCUAUAUAUAGCACUCUACCAGUAUGUCACAUUUUGUCUGUUUCUUUGGCACUCUAUCAGUAUAUAAUGUUUUGUCCAGUAUACUUUUGUCCUCUGACAAUAUGUAACAAUUUGUCUGUUUCUCAGUGACAAAGCUACAGCUAGGUAGCAUUUUGUCCGUUUCUGUGGCGAUCUUACUGUGUGUAACGUUUUGGUCUAUAUUAUUAAUACUGUAUAAUUUUUUAGACAAGAUAUAAUCAUAUUAAGAUGCAUAAUAUGUCCGUGUUUUUAACUUAAGCUUAUUCCCUUUAACAACAAAUAUCAUGGUACCCUGUGUAAGAUUAGGCAUGGACAAUGUGCCACCAGGAAAUGUGUUUGUACAGUCCUAUUAAUUUCUGAUUUGUGACUUUCCAGUCUGUGUAUCUAUAUAAUUAUCAAUGUAAAAAAACUUCAGUUUUAAUAGGGACUGAAGUUCUAAUGUUUUUUCUCCUGAAUGUAGUAAGGGUGGUACCAAAUAUUGUUGUUUUGGGAUAAGAAAUCUGACUUUAUACUUUGUAACAUUCCAAUAACAUAACAAAUAUGGGGAAUGUGGAAGGGUGGGGCGCUAGACAGUAUCAUAAUUGUAGUAAAUAUUAAUAGUUAAUUAUUUGAUCGUCUUAAAAUAGUGAUGUGAGUGUGCAGUUGAAAUAUAGCCAAAACAUUCAUUAUAGUUUAUCGAUCUUAAGUCAUUGCAUCAGUUUGUAAUCAUUUUAGUUAAAACAUUCAUAGCCCAACCAUUUUGACACUACUUGCCUUAACUUUAGUUGUUAUUUUACAGCAAACUGGCACAAUAUCUGUUUAGAAAUGUAUUUCAUUAAUACCAAAUAGUAAUAUAUUGCAUUAUUCUCCAAUGUACUUAUUGAGUUCCAGACAAAGUGUGCUGUAUUGUUCCAAUUAUACCCAUGCUACACAACAGCGACAAACUGUGGUACGUCCAGUUAUGAUAGGUGUACCGAGGAUACUGACCAGACCCAAUUUUCAAUCCAAAGAUGUGCCUUGUCCAUCAGUCCAACCUGUUUGUCCAGGCCAUAGCUUCCGACUCUCUGAAGAUUUCUUUAUGAAACAUAAAUGAUAUAUGAAGGAUGGCAAGGCAGUGUACUGUGUCACAUUCACUUUUGGUUCCAUCAGCUAAAGGUCAAGGUCACAAGUUUUAAGGUUAAACUCAUUAUCCAUGCCAUAAAUUCUGACUCUCUGAAGAUAUCUCAAUGAAAUGAAAAGGAUGUUAUUAGGAUGGCAAGGCGGUGUGUCCUUUACCUCAAGUGGGACUGUACACCAAAGCUCAAAGUUACAUUGAGGCUAUAGGUCAAAUUCAUUGUCUUUGCCAUACGCAUGUAAUUCCUAACUCGCUGAAUGUAACUCAAUGACAUUUUAGGAAUAGAUGAUUAUGUAGAAUGGCAAGGCAGUGUGUGUCAUAUACCACUAUUGGAUCUGUAUACCUAAGGUCAAGUUCACUUUAAAGUCAAAGUCUAAAUUCAUUGUCCUGUCCAUAACUUAUGAUUAGUUAAAAAUGGUGCAAUAAAUGUAGGAUGGCAAGGGUGUGCAUACAAACUACAAUUGGGACCUUUUAAGGAGCAUAAUUUAUCAGUUUUAAUGAUAUUCCUGUUAAUAUUGCAAUUGCCAGGUGGUCUCUUCCCGCAUGAAAAAUUUGAAAAGUCGACAAAUACAUUGUAUGUAGGUUUAAGGAUUAACUGUAAAUGUUGAAUGAUAUAUAGUAGUAAAACAUGGUCAGCAUAUUGAAAGAUUAGAUUUAAAUAUAUUUACAAGUUAUUUUCGCCAAAGUUCAGUUGUUAGACUACAUUCACAUGCAUUCCCUUUUUGUCUUGUAUUUUGUUAAAAUGUCUUUAAUAUUGUUCAUUGAAUUAUUCAAUGAUGAAUCAAACAAUUACUAUAAGCUGUUAUAUUUUCAACUUCAUGUCUUUUAAAACAAUUUUCUCCAGUGUAAAAUUUGUACUCGUAUGCUUAAAGUACUGUUAAAUAUAUACAUAGCUGAUUUUGUUAUAUACUAUAGUGGUAAAGAAUUUUUAUCUUGCCAUUUGAUCGUGACAGUUUCUAAGGUCCCUAUUAAAAUCAGCAUAAACUGUGUUUGUAGUGUCAACGAAUCAGGAAUAAAUCUGCAUAUAAUUGAUACUGUAUUAUUUUGAUUUGCUCAAGGAAUUAGUUUCGUGUUAUAACAUGUGUACUCAAGAGUACUUUCAUUAUGUUUUCAUUUGUUUUGCAUUGAAGUCAUUUGGGUUCAGGUGUGUGAAUGUUUGUCACUAAGUUUAAACCAAUGUGAAUUAUUGAUGAUCAUGCUGGAAACAAAUGGCAUUGUGUGUAAAAGUUGGUCGAUUUGGAUCAAGCGAGUUUACUAUGUUUUUUUCGUGUGUUUUUUUGCUUUUGUACAAGUUCAACAUAGAAGACAUUAAAUCAUUUUCUGAAAGAA